AUGCCUUCGUCGUUACCAUCCUCCUCCUCUUCCUCUUCCUCCCAUGAGGACCUAGAUAGUGGCAUCAAUGCUGCGAAACUAGAGGCAGCCAACCGCUAUAUCCGUUGGAACCUAUUAUUUCUCUCGACGAUUUUCAUCUUUCUUCUUUUCCCCUUAUGGAUGCCGUUUGUUCCCUACGUCAAUCAAGCAACCAACCUCGUCAUAGUAAUCAUAAUUGGUCUUUUCCAAGUCAUCUGGCUGAUAGCCACUAUCUGCGCCAUUCGACGAACAUUGGCCAUCAAUAAUCGAAACAAGCUCAAGAAUAAAAAAGCUGAAGAUGUCGAAUCAGCUGAUGCCAUGGCCAACAAUACCUCAGCAAUCCGUCACAUAGUCGCUAUGACCUUGUACAAGGAGCCUAUGAGCGUACUUCAAACUACCUUGGACUCUCUUGUGCUGCAAAAAAAUGCCAAAUCCCAGCUCUCUGUCAUCAUCGGCAUGGAAUGCCGUACACCUGAUAAGGAAGCCAAAUACAGCGAGAUCUACGCAAAGUACGAGGGUAAAUUCCUCCGUCUCAUCGUCACCUUCCACCCCUCGGGCAUUCCUGGCGAGAUCAGCGGCAAGUGCUCUAACAUGAAUUACGCCUGUCGCCAAGGUUUGCACAUUCUCCGUCAAGAUGUCGAAUACAACUAUGACAAAUACGAACAUAUCUUUACCAACUGCGACUGCGACUCCGUUUUCGAUCCGGAGUACAUGCUGGAGUUAGAAACCCAGUACUACAAGCUGGAUCCCGUCGACCGUCAUUCGUCCAUUUGGCAAUCCAUUAUUAUCUAUAAGCGCGAAUCCAUGCCUUUUUUCGUCGAUAUUACCGGUGUUCUGCGUACCUUUUUCUUCAUGGGUGUUUUGAUUCCAUGGAACAUCAAUCCAAUGUCCCAUUACUCUCUCAGCGUCAAGUUGUUAGAAGAGGGCGCCUUUACUCACCCAUCUUAUCAGAUGGAAGAUAUUAUUGCCUUAAUCCGCUACACCAUCAUGACACAACGAGAAAUUCGCAUCCGGCCAUUGAACCUCAUUUCAAUCAACGGUCCGACUUCCGGCGCCAACUAUGGAGAUGAAAUCCGCGAAUGGGCCCUCCAAAUUCGCCGAUGGACCAUCGGGGCUGGUGAGGUAUUCCACUACUUCAUUGUCAAGACAUACCGAAUUCCCGGGCUUUAUCUGUGCAUCAGCUGGGCUACUCGCUUCUUCAUCUACUAUGGCCUCAUUCUCUGCGCCAGUGCCAUUUUCUCUGUGGCUUCCCCCAUCAUCGUUCAGCUCGUCAAUCCAGUUGCUGCCCAACAUGAUCGACUGGUCAUCAGCGACUCGCUCUUUUCAAAAAUCUGCUUGAUCUUCUUGGGAACACAGUAUCUGUUUCUACUAAUUGCAACUGUCCUCGUUCGUUGGAAUCUACCUGUGCCCGGCGGUAGUGACAAUCACUAUAACAAGGGUCUUUGGGGAAUAACAAGGGGUUUGUUACAUUGGAUGUUGAUGUUGCCAACUGUACUGGCCUACAGUUUCAUAGAACUCUAUUCAUUCUUCGAAUUAGCCUUCCGAGGGAAGGAUGUUUGCAAACAUGAUGCUGCUAGUAAGAGCAAUCUAGUCAUCAUGAAAGGCGGUGGAGAUGCUUAA